UGCUUCGCUGAACGACGUUUUCCUGUGCUGGUGCACGGUGCGCACGACGAGUUUGUGCAGGAGGUUAAGUUUGCUUGCUGGCAAAGGCCGGGUGCGAGAUCGACAUGGGUUCGAACGGGUUAGCUACCUCUAUUGAGAUGUUUAGAAAGUGUACGUCAUUUACGGACUGGUCAGAUCGACUGGCCUAUACCUUUCACGCAAAUCAAGUUGCGGCUGAUCGCCAAAAAUCGCAUUUUAUGAUGAUUUGCGGUCCUUUUCUUUUUUCUCAAUUAAAAUUGCACUACAGCAAAGAUGAGCUGGAUAAGGCCACUUAUGCUGAUAUUGUGUCAAAAUUGAAACAAAAAUUGGACAAAACGGAGCCGGACUUAGUCCAACGCUUUCGUUUUAGUCAGCGAAACCAGCAACCUGAUGAAUCCAAUGAGGAUUUCGUGCAGGCGGUCAAGAUGCAGGCGGAAUUCUGUGGUUUUGGGGCGUUUAAGAACGUGGCCAUUAUGGACAGGGUCCUGGCGGGUCUUCUUGACGGGAAUCUCAAAGAGAAUUUGCUGAAGGAGGAAAGUUUGACUUUGGACAAGAUGGACAAGUUCAUCACAACAUGGAACAUAGCAAAACAAAACGUUAAAGCAUUAAACAAUCAACCUGGAGAAUCUCAAUUGGGACAGUACAGUUACUUUACACCAGAACAAAUUCAUUACAUUCAAAAGACAACAACACAAAGGCAAGGGUCUUCACGGUACGGAAAUUACAGACAAAAUGAUGGGUUGCAAGGGCAAAAUUUUCCAGAAAGGCGAAACAAUUCCAGAUUUCAGCCUUAUAAAAACUACAAUUCUGAUUCUCAAGUUUACACUAACCGAAGGUUCAAUAACCAAACACAACAACAAAGGUAUUUUGACAAAAGCUAUGAUAGGAGAUAUCCUCAGACUAGAAUUUCGUGUGAUUUUUGUGGAAAAAUGGGUCAUUCUAAGCAAAAUUGCUUCAAACUUGAUUACUUCAACAGACAAUUUGUGAAUUUCAUGGGUGAGAGUACUGCAGAUGAUUAUUCCUGCAAUGAAGGUGGUGAAAUUGAGUACGCAAAUGCGGAAAUGUUCAACCAAAUAGAAAACUUUCAAGAUAAUAAUGACCAAUGCAUGAAAAUUUUUACUGUUUUGAACACAACAUAUGUUAAGCUGGAUGAAACACAAAUAGAGGACCAAAUGGUUGAUUUUGAAGUUGAUGUUAGUUGCUUGUUGAAUGACAGCACAUUUUCUAUACCAAUUGAUGAUGAUAGUUAUGCUGACAUUGAAUUGAAAAGUUUGUUUACCCCGAAUUGGGAGGAUGAUUCGAUUUUGGAUUUGAACGAUUUGUUUGAUAAAACUUGUUAUAAUAUUGAUGAAAAUUGUGAUGAUGCCCUGAAUUGGGAUGAAAAUUUGUUUUGUGGUUUUGGAUUUUUACAUGAUGAGAACAUGGAAGGUGGUGAAUGUGAGAAUGUAGGUUUUAAUGAACUUUUAGCAGAUGUCAGCGUGAGUUUUGAAGGUGCCCCAAAUUGGGAAGAAAAUGUUGUGUGUGGUUUGAAUAAUUUAUUUUUGUAUGACGAUGUUUUGGAUAUGAAACAAGAUGUGAUGUUGGAAAAUAACGUGGGUUCGAUUGAACAUAAUUUUGAUACCAAAAGGAAUAUUUCAAGCAAUGCAAUAGCAGCAAAUUUAUAUUAUACCUCAAAUUGGGAAGACAGUGACAAUUUUGAUUUGGAAUGUUUAUUUACCACUAAUGUUAACUCAAAUCAAGCAAAUCUUGAUAACUGUGAGAGUUCGGACAAAAAGCUGCUGAUUGGCAAUGAUGGUUGUGGAAUUGAGUGUUGUAUUGAUGAUGUUCAGAAUUUGAUUUUAACCCCAAUUUGGGGAAUGUUUCAAGAAAGUUCGGAAAGUGUUUGUUUCGGAAAAGUAUUAUUUGACGAAGUUUCUGAGAUGUCAGAGCGAAAAGGUAGUAGUUUAAGUUUAACGCUAUGUAAAUCUAAUUUGAAAAACGAGCAUGAUAUGCAAGACAUUGAAUUGAUGAUAAUAUUUUUGAUUAUGAUUACUGUAAUUUUUUGCCAAAAUGGGUUUAAAGCUAUACAAAUUUCGUUGUUUCUGUACAAAUUGAUGACUGAUAUUUUGACGAGCAUUGCAAAUUUGCAAUUUAUUUUGAUUUUGAGUAAAGGAUGUGCUAAAAAGUUAGACAAUCGCUUUGUUGACAAUUUUUGUGGUCGGCAUGAUCAAAAAUUUGUGGACGAUUGCUGGUUGUUAAAUGACAAAGUUGGCAAAACGCUAUUUUUUCAAAGCGGGAAAUUGAAAUGUUUACAAGUCAUCUAUGCCAAAUCAUUAAAUCUGUUUUUGAAAAGUCAUAUUUGUUACACAAUUGAGAAACAACAAAUGUUGAACAGGAAUCUUUUUAAAAGCAUCAAACCAAAGCUGUUGGUUUGUUUGCUUGAAAGUAAUCGUUUGCUGGACAGUUUGGCAAUAGUCAUUGUGUUAUUCAUAUUUUUGAGUUUAGUUUUCUCAAUUUGUUUGCUAAGAAAUCUUAUUCGCGGGCUGACGAAAGUGACGAAUGGAGAAUUCCAUAAUUUUAGUGUGUUGGUCAUUUGUUCAAAUCUGUGCAUUUAUUUUAUUCAAGACGAUGAUGGUCUGUCAUGGAAAUUUAGUUUAAUUUCAAAUAAUUAUGUGUGCAAUGGUACAUUGAAUGAAAAGCAGAUUAUAAACAAGUUAAACUAUAGCAUACCUAAAACUAAAACUUUUCAAGAGAAGUGUUUGACAGAUGAUCAGAUAGUAGAUGUGGAAACUCAAUGGUUUCAAUGGAUUUUUUUUGAAAGGGUGGUGAAUGAGGUAGUCUCUUUAACUUGGGACAUGCCUAGCAUUUAUUUUCAUAAUAUAGAUCAAAAUAUCUUGAUUCCAUGCAGUGUUUGCAUUAGUUCUCAAUCGAAAAUCCACAAUAGUGAUGAAUUACUUGUUGUUUCAAGGUCUAUUGGCUUUGUUCACAGGCUGAUAUGCUGGAUUUCUGUCCUGAGUUUUAGAGUUGUUUUUACAGUUUUCAUUAUAAAUGUCCUAAAACAAUUUUAUUUGUAUUUUAAACAGAUACUCGUACAACAUGGUUCCCAGUGGAGCGAGGACAAGAAAACGCGAUGGCGCCUAGUAGCACGAAUCGUCGUGUUGUGGACUCGAAGGAGAUGUGCUGUUCGUGGUGAUUGGCAAUCAAAGAAGUUGCUGGUGGAGUGCAGCAAACGAAAUGACCUUCUACUGAAGACGAAAUGCGAAACAACAUGGAGAUUUCGAACGAGGACACGGGUGGUGCUGGAUGCGGCAGAAACCGUCCGUUUAGGGAUGUCUCUGAACGGAAAGGAACAAAACGUAAAAAACGUAAAAGGAAUACUUCUAACAGUGAAAUUAUCUGAGAUGAAGACUUUUUUACAAUUCCUGAACACUAAUUUCUUUCGAAUUAGAACAAAACGUUGAAUUAGAUUUUUGUUUGUUACUUAACUUUGCUUUAUAUAAAUUACAUUGUUAUCAUUUCAUUAAUGAGUUCGUUAACUUUAGUUUUAAGUAAAGGGGGGAGGACUGUUGAGUACCCCUCGUUUGAGUACUAGUCAAAUGACAGUACAAAUACAUGUAACGCGCGUUCUCUAACUUACCUUAAAUAAACGAGCUUGUGCUCUAUUCGGCCUCUUUUACCGCUGAACUCCAAA